AUGCUGCUGAAGAAAGGUGGCGUGACCAUGGUGAAAAAUGAGGAUAAUGAAUUCUUAAUGAUGAGGACCGUCACGGGUUGGAGGAUUUAUGUGGACUACCAAAAGCUCAACAAGGGGACGAAGAAUGACAAAUUCCCCCAUUCAUCGAUCAAAUGCUUGAUCGUUUGGCGGGCAAGGCAUUUUAUUGCUUCAUCGACGGAUAUUCUGGAGGUGUAUGAUAGCCAUUUUUCAGACAUGGUGGAAGACUUCUUGGAAAUUUUCAUGGUUGAUUUUUCCGUAUCAGGUGAUGACUUUGACAGAUGCCUCGACAAUUUAUUUAAAGUGCUAAAGUGA